AUGUAUCUACUACUCUAUGUAGAUGACAUCAUCCUAACUGGAAGUUCAGGUAUGUUACUUAAUUCUCUUAUCAGUUCUUUGAGUCCUGAAUUCAAAAUGAAGGACUUAGGCUCUCUUCACUACUUCUUAGGCAUUGAGAUUGUAAGCCUUGCUCUACUCCAGUUGCUAAAGGUCCUAGAUGCUCCUUGUAUGAUGGUGAACCAUUACAGAAGUCUUGUAGGAGGAUUGCAAUAUCUUACAAUGACAAGACCAGACAUAGCUUUUGCUGUGAGUUAUAUAUCCCAAUUUGUGCAUCAGCGUACUACUGAACAUUUAAUAGUAAAGAGAAUUCUAAGAUAUCUUAAAGAAAGUUUAGGAACUGGUAUUACUCUUGGUUCUUCAGAUAUUACUUCAGUCACAUCAUACUCAGAUUCAGAUUGGGCUGGUUGCCCUGAUUCUAGAAGAAGUACUUCUGGUUAUGCAGUAUUUUUAGGUUCAUCUCUUAUAUCAUGGACUUCUAAGAAACAACCUACAGUUUCAAGAUCAUCAGCAGAAGCAGAAUACAAAUGUCUGGCCAAUACUUCUUCUGAAUUAUUGUGGAUCUCUUAUCUCUUAAAGGAAUUGGGUAUUUGUUCUUCUGGUGUUUAUACCUUGCUUUGUGAUAAUCUUAGUGCUAGUAGUCUUGCAUGUAAUCAUGUUAUUCAUGCUAGAACUAAGCAUAUAAAGAUUGACUAUCACUUUAUUAGAUAUUUGGUUCAAUCCAGAUUUCUUGUCAUCAAGUUUGUUCCUUCUUUACUUCAGCUUGCUGAUAUUUUUACAAAGGGUUUGGCUCCUGAUUUAUUUUUUACUCUUGUGUCCAAGCUUAUGUACUUUGCGCAUACUAAGCUUGAGGGGGAGUAUAAGAGCAACUGA